AUGCACAGCUUAGGACCCACCAGCCGAGAGCCUCCACACCAGCGUAGAAGAUUAAGUGAAAAGUAUGGAGAUGGAUACAGAAUGGCUUUUACAUGUUCAUUUUGUAAAUUUCGAACGUUUGAAGAAAAAGAUAUUGAACUACAUCUGGAAAGUUCUGCACACCAGGAGACAUUAGAUCAUAUUCAGAAACAAACCAAAUUUGAUAAAGUAGUCAUGGAGUUCUUGCAUGAAUGUAUGGUAAAUAAAUUCAAGAAAACAUCUCUCCGUAAACAACAGGCAAAUAAUCAACCAGAAAUAGUCAAAAUAAUUGAAAAAGAUGUUAUGGAAGGUGUUACUGCAGAUGAUCACAUGAUGAAAGUGGAGACUGUUCACUGCAGUGCUUGCAGUGUGUAUAUUCCUGCUUUACAUAGUACAGUUCAGCAGCACUUACAGUCUCCUGAUCAUAUUAAAGGGAAACAGGUUUAUAAGGAACAAAUAAAAAGAGAGAGUGUCUUGACUGCUACUAGCAUUUUAAAUAAUCCAAUAGUGAAGGCACGAUAUGAACGUUUUGUUAAGGGUGAGAAUCCUUUUGAAAUUCAAGAUCAUUCUCAGGAUCAACAAACAGAAGGAGACGAAGAAGAUGAAGAAAAGAUUGAUGAACCUGUUGAGGAAGAUGAAGAGGAGGAAGAAGUAGGGGGGGGGGAAGCUGAGGAAGUGGAAGAAGCAGAGGAUGCAGGAGAAGAUGAAACAGUAGAGGGAGAGGGGGACAUAGAGGGAGUAGAAGAAGUCGGGGCAGUGGGGGAAGUCGGGGCAGUGGGGGGGGGGGCUGAGCCAGCGGGGGAAGUAGAGGGAGGGGAAGAAAUAGAGGGAAGGGGAGAAGUAGAGGGAGUAGAGGAAGAAGCAAAGGAAGAGCCUGUUGAUGUCCCCGUUGAGCAACCUGAAGAAAAUUAAAUAUAAGGCAUUAGAUUUAAAGAGAGCUUUAAAUUUCUGUACUAAUAUGGGAAAGGGUAAGAAUUUAAUAGCUUAAAAUAUGAGUUAAUAUUCAUGUUGCAUGCAUUCCACACAUUAAAAUUUGUUUUAUAUAAUUUCUAAAUGUUUGACAUUUGUUUAAUAAAAUGAAGGUAAGACUAUUUUAGUUUAGUUUUUAUAGCUCCAAACAGAUCUGAUAAAUUGUUUGUAUAAUUUUUAAGUUUAAAUUUUGUUACUUUAUUGAUGUUAAGGAUGACAGAUGUAUAUUGUUAGUGUAUCUAUUCUAAUCAUUUGAACUUAAAAGCUGCUUUUGGGAGUGAAUAUUCAAGUGUGCAUUAAUUUUUUGAAUACUUACCCUAGAAGAGAUACAUUGGGCAAGUAUUUUGUGCUCUGAUUGUGUAUUUUUUUUACUGCAUUGGACAUUGAAUAGAAAUUUGCGUUAAGAUACGCUUAAAGGCUUUUGUG